AUGUCAUCCUAUGAUAGUGUUGUCGGUGGAAUGCUGAAGCUGAAGGGCAAUGCUCUGGAUGUGAAAGCUAGUGGCGUAAAGAAGAAAGAGAAACAUAAAAAGCAUCAAGAAAAAACUUCUUUAGUCACAGACAAUGAACUCUCAACAGGUGGAAGUACGAAACUAACACCUAAUCCUGAUGAGGAAGAGAUAGAUGUUACCAGCAAAUCGAACGACGCAGAAAAAGCUCCUCAUUAUGAUGAUAAUCUCACGCCUGCUGAGAAACAAUUUAUAUAG